AUGCUGACAAAGUUCUACCAGCACAUCCUUGCCUUGGGGUUCGCCAUCAAGGAGAUUAAUGAAAACCCUAAAAUCCUGCCCAACGUGACUCUGGGGUCACACAUCUAUGACAGCUACUAUGACGUGAGGAUGACCUACCGUACAACGCUGGACCUUCUGUUCAAAUCACAGAGAUUUGUCCCCAAUUACAAAUGUGACACCCAGAAAAACCUUCUAGCCAUCAUUGGAGGACUGGACUCUGAUACUUCCUUCCAUAUAGCAGACAUCUUAAGCCUUUACAAAAUUCCACAGCUCACUUAUGGGUCAUUUGCCCCUGAGGAUAUGGAUGCACAAAAGUUUCCUUCCUUUUACCGCCUGGUUCCAAACGAAGAACGUCAGUAUACGGGGAUUGUCCGGCUGCUUCUCCACUUCAGAUGGACAUGGGUUGGGCUUCUUGCUGUGGAUGAUGAGAGUGACAUGGAUGAUUGCAUCAAAUGCCCAGAAGAUCACUAUCCAAGCAAACACCGAGAUGGAUGUAUCGCAAAAGUUAUAACCUUCCUUUCUUUUGAAGAACCUUUGGGGAUCAGUUUGACUUCUGUGGCUGUUUCUUUUUCCCUGAUCACAGUUGUAGUGCUAGGAGUUUUCAUUAAAUACAGAAAUACCCCCAUCAUCAAAGCCAACAACCGGGAAAUCUCCUAUGUUCUCCUUCUCUCCCUUCUGCUCUGCUUCCUUAGUUCUUUGCUAUUCCUUGGGCAGCCAAGGAAGGUGACCUGCUUCCUUCGCCAUUCUGCUUUUGGCAUCAUCUUCUCUUUGGCUGUUUCUUGUGUGUUGGCCAAAACCAUCACUGUGGUUGUAGCUUUCAUGGCCAUCAAACCAGGGUCCAGUGUGAGGAUGUAUGUGGGGAAAAGACUGGCCAAUGCUAUUGUCUUUUCAUGCACUUUUCUUCAAGUAGGAAUUUGUAUGUUAUGGCUUGGAACUUCUCCUCCUUUCCCAGAUUUUGACAUGCUCUUUUUGACUGAAGAGAUUGUAGCAGAAUGUAAUGAAGGGUCUGUCACCAUGUUUUACAUUGUCCUGGGCUACAUGGGACUUCUGUCCACUGUAAGCUUAACUGUUGCUUUCUUUGCCAGGAAGUUGCCAGACAGUUUCAAUGAAGCCAAGUUCAUCACCUUCAGCAUGCUGAUGUUUUGCAGUGUUUGGAUGUCUUUCUUUUCAACCUACCUGAGCACCAAAGGGAAAUACAUGGUAGCUGUGGAGAUCUUCUCUAUCUUGACCUCCAGUGCUGGGUUAUUGGUUUGUAUCUUUUCUCCGAAAUGCUACAUUAUUCUACUGAGGCCUGCACUGAACACCAAAGAGGGGAUAAUCAGGAGAAAGAAUUAA